UAGUAAAUGAAAAAAAAAAGACGAAAAAAUCUGAAAAAAACAGGAAAAUAUUAGAAAAAAAGGAAGUGAACGAUAGUAAAUGAGAAAAAAAGACGAAAAAAUCUGAAAAAAACAGCAAAAUAUUAGAAAAAAUGAAAGUGAACGAUAGUAAAUGAGAAAAAAACGAAAAAAUCUGAAAAACCAGGAAAAUAUUAGAAAAUAAGGAAGUGAACGAUAGUAAAUGAGAAAGUAUGCUCCAUUCCGAGAAGAUCGCAGUGUUUCGCAGCAAUUCGGACACACAGCGCGUCACGAGGAGGGAAAGGUUCCGGAACUUUUCGCUCAGGUGUCGCAGAUUUGCCUGGGAUGAAGAUGGCGGCGGCGGUGGAGGAGGCGGAGGAGGAGGAGGAGGAGGAGGAGGAGGCGGAGGCUCAGUCACCGUUGGAAGAGUCACAGGAGGAGGCGGAGGAGGAGGAAACACGGGUGGACGAACCUCCUCCCUGCGUUACUCCAAAGCUAAUGGUUCAACUCACACCUCUCUCGGUUCUCGGCCUUCUACGGGAGAACCAGCGCCAAGGAGGUCAAAUUGGGAGGUCAUAGAACACUACCACAAGUCAGGGCUGGUCGGGGCGUCUUCCUCUAGGAGCCCGACGGAGGAGGAGGUGGAGGAGGAGGAGGAGGUGGAGAGCAUUUUAGAACCAGGCGGUGUGUGGUGGGAUGUUUGUGGUCUUUGUAAAAGGGUCUUCAAAUCCCAUCAAUUCAAAAACAUUCACGUCGAGGUUCUAUAUCAACGGUAUUUCCUGCGUAUGAACCAGGCUAGUUUGAUGUCGUUUCUAGGCCUCCUCUUGCUACUGGUGCUGGCGAUGAUGGCCGUGCUGGCGUCUAUAGGCCUUUCCAAAUUCGCUAUACACGCGGCCACACUCUCAACCUUUGCAUUUCUCUACCUUGCUCUAGAAAUCUUACUGUGGAAAUCUCGUUUGCUCAAUGAAGUGUACUUGAUAGUGUUCUCGUAUCUUGUCCUUAUCUCGUUCUUCGGCAUUGAGUUACUAGUGACGCUAAGCACACAGCCGCCCACAGCCUCCUCCGGUGUAUGGGCGACCCUCUUCUCCGUCUACAUGACCUACACACUCCUCCCGCUGCGAGUUGUAGAGGCGACAGCUGGCGGCAUUCUCCUCUCAUUCACUCAUGUUGUCUGCACUCUCAGUAUUCUGCCACAAGACACACCCUUCUUGUGGCAACAGGUGACAGCUAACGUGGUGCUUUUCGUGUGUGUGAAUAUCGGAGGGCUCUUCACGCACUACCCGGGCGAGGCGGCGCGGAGACAGGCCUUCAUGGAGACCCGCCAGUGCGUCUCCAGCAGGAUCAAGACGCAGAGGGAGAACAGUGAACAGGAGAGACUGCUGCUGUCGAUGUUACCAAGACACGUAGCGAUGGAGAUGAAGAGUGACAUUGCUGGCAAACCACAAGACAAAAUGUUUCAUAAGAUAUACAUACAGAGGUACAACAAAGUAAGCAUUCUCUUCGCUGACAUCUGCGGGUUCACAACUCUGUCUGACCAGUGCACGGCGGAGGAGCUGGUACGGAUCCUAAAUGAGUUGUUUGCAAGGUUCGAUCGCCUUGCCAACGAGCACUCCUGUCUUCGCAUCAAGCUUCUGGGUGACUGCUACUACUGUGUGAGCGGAGUACCGGAGCCGCGCACCAACCACGCUCACUGCUGCGUGGAAAUGGGCCUAGAUAUGAUAGAGGUCAUUGCGUUGGUGCGGGAGGUAACAGGAGUAAAUGUAAAUAUGAGAGUUGGUAUACACUCUGGCCGGGUACACUGUGGCGUUCUUGGCCUGCGGAAGUGGCAAUUUGAUGUAUGGUCUAACGAUGUCACGCUGGCCAAUUAUAUGGAAUCCGGUGGCAUCCCUGGACGGAUCCACAUAACGAAGGAGACACUUGCCUACCUGAACGGGGACUACAAGGUGGAAGCAGGCAAUGGAGAGAGAAAUCCAUACCUUAAGAUGAUGAACAUUGAAACAUUCCUUAUUGUUCCAGACGACGCCAAUAAAGAUACACACGCAAAGAAAGCUUCGACCUACAGCAUGAACGGCAGUGUGAAUAAGGAGAUGAGGAUGAUUGGACACGAACCAACCAAGCAAAGCAGUAACAUCCAUUCUAAGUUAGGUUUGGGUGAGGUGCAGGGCGGGAAGAACACCACAGAUGAAGUGAACGAGUAUUUAGCAUUGGCAAUUGACGCUCGCUCCAUUGACAGGCUGAGGAAGGAACAUUGCAAACCAUUCCUCCUCACCUUCACCAAGCCGGAAGUGGAGGAGAAGUACCUGCACGAGAGAGACCGCAUGUUGUCAGCUUAUUUCACCUUCUCCUGGAUCACUGUGGUGGCUGUGUGUGUGGUGCAGCUUCUUAUCAUCCCCAGGUUCUAUGUGUCAGUGGGUGUGUUCUUGGUAGGCAUCGCUGUGGCCUCCCUCGCGAUGGCUCUGGUGGGUGGAGAGAACAGCAAGGUAAUGCCUCGUUGGAUGGGGAGAAUGAGUGAAGGUAUCUCUGGCAGUCGUACAGUGAGUCAGAUGCUGGCCGCCCUCCUCAUCCUUGUCAUGUUCCUCUGCUCCAUUACCUCCAUGUUUCUCCUUGAUCUGAACAGCUACCACGACUGCUACAUCUCCACCACCACCAUCACCACCAACACCACCAUUGCCACCACCACCACAACCAACACCACCACCACCAGCACUACGACCUCCGACAGAGAAGAGGACUACGACUAUCCAGCGAAUGAGUCCGAGGUCACACUGGGUCACACCAUAGGCUGGGUGGUGACCUCUGGCUUAACUGUACAGGCUGGGGACAAGUCAGGUCAAAGGUCAGGAUUCAAUGUCACGAGAGGAGAUGAGGUCAAUGACUGUCACGAAGAUGCCACCUCUCACUUCCCUGAUUACUUCACCUUCUGCGUGUUGCUGGUGAUGGUGGCGUGUGCAGUGUACCAGCUCAUGUUUAGCAUCAUCAAGCUUCUCCUCCUCUCUGGAAUCUGUGUGGCUUACAUAUGCAUGGUUAUGUUUACACACGCCACACUGUUUGACAACCAAGAUGCUCUGAUCCUUAUGACUGAAGGGUACGGCGAGGUGUUUGUGUCGCGGUAUGUGACGGUGGCGGUGUUGAUUGGCUUCACGGUGGUGUUUGUGAUCCACGCCAGGCAGACUGAGGCCACCUCCAGGCUGGACUUUGUGUGGAAGCUGGAGGCACAGGGAGAGAAGGAGGAGAUUGAGCACCUUCAGGCUUACAAUCGAGCGCUGAUUUACAACAUUCUACCAGAGCAUGUUGCAAUCCACUUCCUCAGCGUCGACCGGGUCUCUGACGAGCUGUACCACGAGGAGUGUGAGAGUGCGUGCAUACUUUUCGCCUCCAUUCCUAACUUCUCUGACUUCUAUAUGGAACUGGAGUCGAACAAUGAGGGGGUGGAGUGCUUACGGCUGCUCAAUGAGAUAAUAGCAGACUUUGAUGAGCUCCUUGAUGAAGAACCCUUUAAGAAUAUAGAGAAGAUUAAAUCCACUGGGGCGACGUACAUGGCUGCUGCUGGUUUGACCAAAGCCACAAGGGACCUCAAGAACUUUAGCCACGUGACGGCCAUGGCAGACUACGCCCUCAGACUCCGAGACCAGCUGGAAUAUGUCAAUGAACACUCCUUCAAUAACUUCAAGAUCAGAAUAGGGAUCAACAUAGGUCCAGUGGUGGCAGGGGUGAUUGGAGCCAACAAACCACAGUAUGACAUUUGGGGCAAUGCUGUCAAUGUCGCCUCAAGGAUGGACUCAACAGGGGAACUCGACAAGAUUCAGGUGACGCAGGAGGUGUACCAAAUUCUACACAAGAAAGGCUACCCGCUAAUCUGUCGGGGCACCAUUAAGGUCAAGGGUAAAGGCGACAUGGUGACUUACUUUUUGACGGGAAAGAGCCAUGAUGCGAUAGAGUGCUUGGACGCGCCCCCUUCCUCCUCCUCCGCCACUCUACCACACUCCGAUGGCAAGAGCUGAACUGUGGUAAACUGUGGUAAAUGUGGUGAAAUGUGAAAUUAUUAUUUUUUUUAUUUUUUUCUUCCUACCACACUCAAACACCACAAUCUGAAGUGGUGGUGAAUUGUGGUAAAUUGUGGUGAAUUGUGGUGGAAAUUGUGCUUCUGUCUUCUUUCUGCUACACUGCAAUACUGGAAGAUGAAGUUUGGUGUGGUGAAAGCUGUGGUGAAUUGUGGUGGUGUGGUGAAUGUAUGAGGUGAAAAUGGUGCACUGUGGUGAAAAUGGUGCACUGUGGUGAAAAUUGUGCUUGUUUUCCCUCACUCUACCACACUCUGAUGCCAAAAAUUUUAACUGUGGUACUGGUGAACUGUAUGUGGUGAAUUGUGGUGGAAAUUGUGCUUCUGUCUUCUUUUCACCACACUGAUAUGCCAAAAAUUGAAGUGUGGUGAAGUGUGGUGUGGUGAACUCUGGUGUGGUGAAAGUCAUGCUUCUGUCUCUCUCUCUACCACACUCCAAUACUGAGAGGUAAACUGUGGUGAUGAUGGUGGUGGUGUGGUGAACUGUGGUAAAAUGUGGUAAAAUGGUAGUUUUUUUCUAUUUUUUUUUUUUUUCCAUUCCUACCACACGAACACCACAGUCUGAAGUGGUGAUGGUGGUGGUUGAAGUGUGGUGAACUGUGGUAAACUGUGGUGAAAUGGUACACUUUCAAAAUUUUUCCUCUCUCUCUCUCUCUCUCUCUCUCUCUCUCUCUCUCUCUCUCUCUCUCUCUCUCUCUCUCUCUCUCUCUCUCUCUCUCUCUCCUCUUUGCCAUACACUAAGAGCCUAGGUGUGGUGGUGAUUGUGGUGGUAGUGGUGAUGGUGGUGAUGGUGGUGGUGAUUCCUACAGUUAACUUACACACCAGCUGUCGUUUUCCUGUGUUCUGAGUCACCAUUGGCCGGAAAACAAAGGACGGACAGCUGGAACCAAUAAAAGCAGGUGAAUUUUUUGCCUAUGACCUCAAAGGAAUGACAGGAACAGCUGGAAAUAAUAGUGGAAACAGCUGAAAAUGAUCAGAAACAGCUGGAAAUGAUCAGAAACAGCUGGAAAUGAUCAGAAACAGCUGGAAAUAUGAGAAAUGAUGACAAGACAGCUGGAAAUGAUGAGAAAAGAGCUGGAAAUGAUCAGAAACAGCUGGAAAUGAUGACAAACAGCUGUAAAGUUUAUGAAAAAUGACACUCGCAGCUGGAAAUAAAUAAUAAUCAGGUGUAGGUAUAAAAAAAUAACUGGAAAUUUGCUUAGCUGUGGAAAUUAAUACAGAAAUGGCUGAAAAUAAUGAGAAACAGCUGGAAAUAAUAAGAAACAGCUGAUAAAAAGGACACAGCUGGAAUUAAUGACAGAAAUUAAGAUGUUGGAAGGGAAAAGUAACUGGAAAUUUGUCUUUUUGUAGAAAUUAAUGGCAGAAAUGACUGGAAAUAAUGAAACAGCUGGAAAUUAUGAUGAAUAUAGAUGGAAAAGAUACUCGCAGCUGGAAAUGAUGACAAAAACAGGUGUAGGAAGGAAGAAAUAACUGGAAAUUUGUUUAUGUAUGGAAAUAAAUGAUGGAGAUUGGAAAAUUAUGAGAAAUUAUUUAAAUAUUGAAAAAGAGGAUAUCGUAUUGAGAGAUUGAAAAAAAGAGAAUAUCCAAUCUUUAAAUACAAAAAAGAACAAUUUGUCACGUAUAAUACCACUAAAAACAUAAAAAUGAAGACAGUUUAGAAGACAAGCUGAUAAAAAGACAUCCAGACAUACGAACUAACAGACACAGCAACUAGUAAAGGAAAAAUGGCUUAUUCACCUCAGAAAAUGGAUAAAAAUAAUGCAUUAAAAAUACCCAAUUUUUCUUUAUUAUUUCAUCACUUUAUUAUUGACAUUCUUUAGUUCAGGCUUGGAAAACAGUGGGUGGAGAACAUCAGCGAUUCUGUGGUACAUUGUGGUGGUGGGGAUCCAAGCCACUGUGUCCUGGCUGAACCUCACCAUAGAGUCAUCCAUGUGUGUUUGUGUGUGUGGGUGUGGGCACUGUCACAUUGUUCCCACCAAGGCCUCAUUCCCUAGAGAAUCCACCUCUCUAUAGCAGGACACCAAGAUGCCAGACGUCCUGCCAUGCCUUGGUUUGGCGGUGUUAUUGGUGUAGUGACAGCAGCGUAGUGCCUCACACACUGCUGCCACGUCUUCACUGUCAGUAAUGAAUGCAUCUGUAUGGAGUGUAGCCGUGGUGGUGGUGGUGGUGGGUGUGUGUGUAUGUAAGGAGCAAAUUGUGGUGACGCCUCAACAUUUGGUAAGUGACUGCCAUCAGCCGUCACAUGUCCAGCACUCAACACAGCCACAGUUAUUUAUUUCAUUUUUUAUUUAUUUAUUUAUUACAUUUUUUUUUUUCAAUAUGAUAAUUUCUGGGCUAAAGGGAAUACUUUUUGUGGCACCUCCUAUCUCAAAGCCCACCUGCUAGGAAGCCCAACCUACUCUCAGACCGUGGACAGGAUUCGAACCUGUACACUUGGAGACCACUCGGACCCCAAAGCACACAUGGUUCCACUGUACCAUGGUGGUGUGUGCAGGUCCUGGACACAAAGGCACGUCAUGCUGUGGCUGGGAUCGGUGACAGCUGGCCACAGUUUCUUGCCACAGAUGGUGGUGAUCGUGGGACAUUUUCUAAAGCAUGCAGACUUAUGGAGAGCCACAUCCCGACACAAUAUGAUGCCACAGAGUCACUUAUGUACACCUGCCCUUAACCCCUUCAGUAGCAUGACGUGUGUUUAUAUUCAUUCUGCUUAAUAUUUGGUGAUUUUAUACAGCUUCAGAAACUUAUGAGGGACGUUAGAAUAGUAAAGAGUCUGGCCUUUAAUCUUUUUGACCUUCAUAGACCCUUCCUAAUGCUUAAAGUCACCUAAUCACACCCAGACUCAUGGUAAAAAUAUGUCUCAGUACUGAAAGGGUUAAUGGUAUUUGGAGAGAAGGAAGGAAGGAAGAGGAGAGGAGAGAAGAGGAGAGUGCUUUAUUAUUGAGGCUUAGAAAAACAAAUGAUAUAUUUUAAAGUAUUGAAUUAACCAGAGUGAGAGUGUACGGCGAGGGCAGCUAUGUACGUACGUGUGUCUCAGUGUGUGUUAGAAUGUAAGGUAUUGCAUUGCGGCCAAACUGUGUGCAGAGGUGGGGGAGUGAACAGUGAGACUAGAGAUAAACAAACUGUAUUUCCACUUGUAUGAACGACACAAUACUUGAGAAAUUAAGUGUUUGGAGUUCAAUUAAGUGUAUUUCCGCAUGUAUAGACGACUCGAUACUUUAAGAAAUGAAGUGUUUGGGAUUAAGACAGUAUACAAUAAGGCUAUAAAUGAAUAAACUGUAUUUCUGAAUGUAUAAGUGACACGAUAUUUUGAUUAAUAGAGUGUUUGUGAAUAAGACAGUAAUAAUAAGAUAGAAUUUGGUGCAGAAAAUCUUGAAGUGAUACAAUAAAUGGGUUAACACUAUUUCUGAAUGUAUAAAUGACAAGAUACUUUGAUAAAUAGAGUGUUUGUGAAUAAGACAGUAAUAAUAAGAUAGAAUUUGGUGCAGAAAGUCUUGAGGUGAUACAAUAAAUGAAUAAGCUGUAUUUCCGCAUGUAUAAACGACACAAAAUGCUGAGAAAUUAAGUGUUUGGGAUUAAGAAAGUUAUAGAUUAAUAAUAACAUCAAAUUUGGUGCAGAAAGACUUAAAGUAAUACUGUAGAUGAUUAAAACUGUAUUUCUGAAUGUAUAAAUGACACGAUACUUUGAGAAAUAAAGUGUUUGGGGUUAAGAAUUACAGAUGAGGCAAGAUUUUUUUUUUAUUUAUUUAUUUUUUAUUUGGUGCAGGAAUUAAGGCAGUACUUGUGAAAUAACCUAAGCUGAUAUUAUACUCGACUAAACUGUAUUUCCGUAUGUAUAAACGACACGACACUUGUAGAAAUGAAGCGCUUGACAUUAAAAGAAGUAUAAAUGUCAUGAUCUGUUAGGAAAAUGACGAGAUUUAAGAGAGUUUAGAAAAUAUUAAUGUUUGCUGUAAAAUAGAUAAAGAACUUGUAUUUCCGCAUGUAUAAAUGUUACAAUACUUUGAUUAUUGAAGCAUUUAGGAUCAAGAAACUGUAAAUGUCAUGAUCUGUGGAGAAAUAAUAUUGAGAUUUAAGAAAGUUAAGAAAAUAAGAUUGUUUGCUGUAAAAUAAAAAGAAAACUGUACCUUUGCAUGUAUAAACAACAGGAUACUUUUAAAUAUGAAGGUUUUGAAAUUGAAAAAAGUAUAAAUGUCAUGAUCUAUUAGGAAAAUGACAUUGAGAUAUAAGAAGGUUUAGAAAAUAAUAUUGUUUGCUGUAAAAUAACUUGAUCUAAUGUUGCAGGUGAUAAAGAAUUGUACGUUUUGCAUGUAUAGACAUUACGACAUCGAGAGAGUUUACGUUUGUGAGUAUAGACGAAAUAAGGACAAGGAUGGUGCAGGAAGGAGAAAAGUAUACAGGUAACUCUUGAUUUACGCGUUUUUUUUAAUACGACCGAAAAAAUUUAAUUAAAUUUGCGCGAUCAGUUUGCUUGUACACAAUUUGGCCUACAUCCCGCAAAUUAUGAGUUUGUUUUACGCCAAUUUAGAAAUACGCAAUGCCUCUUAGAAUGCAUCUGUCGUGUAAAUUGAGAGUUACGUGUAGAUGAAAGAAAGGUGUUGCCACAUUCCCUGCCAUGUAUAAAUGCUACAACACUAAAAUGAAUGAGAAAAUAAAGGAAUCUAUAGGAAUAACAUUAACUUAACCUAGUAUUAUAGACGACUGAAUUGUAUGUGAUUGUUCCGUGCCGUGUAUAAACGCCACGACACUUGAAAACUAAGAAAAUAAAAAGAAAAAAAAAGGAAAAUGACAUAAUAUUAACUUAACCUCAAAGACUGAAAUGUAUAUGUCUGCUCUUCAUGUAUAGACGCCACGACAGACUGAAGUGCCAUGUAUAAACGCCACGACACUUGAAAACUAACAAAAUAAAAAGAAAAAAAGGAAAGUUACAUAAUAUUAACUCUUAGACUGAAAUGUAUACAGUCGUUCUUCAUGUAUAAACACCACAACAGACUAAAAUGUAAUGUAUAAAUGCCACGAUGCUCAAAAACCCCCAGAAAAUAAAGGAAAAAAGAAAAAUGACAAUAUUAACAACGUAAUAUAAGAUUAAUUGUAUCUGGUUGUUCUCUGCCAUGUAUAAACGCCACGACUAACUGAAAUAUUAUGUAUAAAUGCCACAACACUCGAAAACCCCCCAGAAAAUGAGAAUAAUAGAAUUUAUGUAAUAUUAACCAAAGCUAACACUAUAAACAAUUGUAUCUGGUUGCUCAUGUAUAAACGCCAUGACUGACUGAAGUAUCAUUUAUAAACGCCACGAUACU